AUUCGAUCUUCUGCGAGAAAUGGAUGUGAGUGUUUUAUGAUGGUAUCUGCCACACCGCUUGGCGUCGUGUUUUGGCACUUUGCCCCUCAUUCUCUUAAGAUGCAUGCAUUCAUACGGGCGCGGUCAGAUCAGGCUGCACAAUCAUUUAUUGUCUGUCUCGGGCGCGGCGCUCUCUCACUGGUUCCACCCAACUCAAGGGACACAUCCACUUAAGUAACGUCCCAAAAAGCAGCUCCUGCUCAGCCCCGGAGGCAACAAUGCACGGAUUGACUUCCUGGUCUAAAUUCUGACUCUUCAGAUAAGUCUCCUUGCCCUCCACCUCAGGCUGGCCCCCUUGCAGAUACACACUCGUCAUCUUCACGGGCAGCCGAGGAGUGCUGGUAGGCGAAAAACUUCUGGAUGUUUCUUGUUGCGUCCCUGGUGGCUGCUGCGUCACAAGCUCCAACUGAUAGCCCCACACCUCACUCAGCUUGCCGUCGUGUGCCACAAGUAUAUAGAAGUCGUGAUUCUCGAAGGUCGAUGAGUUGGGGUUCACAAGGCACGCAGUGGGGCCCUUCUGUAGUUGAGGAAACUCAGAGAAUCGCUUUGAGAACCAUCCGUCCUGGUCGAUGGGGAGGUAAAACGAGUUGACAACAUCGGCAGUGGUCUGCCAUUGAUUGUCUUGGACAACUCCCCCAAAUUGGCAUCCGGCGAUAAUAGCAGGCGGCAGCAGCUUGUACAGCUUGCGUGGAAUCUCUGGGAUGUCGAGCUUCUCACUCCUGCUGCGUAGGGCGCUUUGCAGCAUUCUCAGAAGGAUCGCUGCGCGACAUGGCCCCUCCCAUUCUUUGCCAGACCUUCUCUCGGCAAUAUUGAGCAUCGUCAAGCCCGCGCUAAUCCCUUGGAGGCCCUCAAAGAAAGGCUGGCCCACUGCUUCCAGAAGGGGAGAAUCCGGAAGCGUCAGCUCCGUGAGCACACCAGCAAGGUAACAGGGCGGCCACACAUGCUCCACUCUUUCUUCAUAGAUCGACUCGCCGAGCUUCUUGUCGUCUGGUUGCUGCUGCUGCUGCUGUUGCUGCUGUUGCUGCUGUUGCUGCUGUUCCUGCUGUUGCUGCUGCUGGCUUGGCUGUUGAUCGGCGCGUCCCUCCGUGGACUCGUGUGGCUGUGGACCGGGCUCGAAGACAUCCAGUAGCGCCUCCCACGUGCCGAUGUCUUCAGGUCGCCUCCCGUCGAUCGCUGUCUUGAUGAUGGACACCAACACAUUGAGCGCUGCUGAUGGAGAGAGAGAGCGGCCCAAGGCGACCUCCACCUCGGGGAUGUACAUGUAAUAAUCCAUCCCAUAACGAGAGCAGAUCCAGAGCAAUGCAGGCGACCUCCCCGCCCAACAAAUCCGCGAAGGACUCGCACCACACAGAGAGCUGACACGAGCUAAGUCGUCCAUUUCGAUGAGAGGCAGCUGUGACCGAAUGACCGUUCGCUUGCUGAGAGACUCGAGGAAGGUGGGCAGCUCAUAGCUGAGGCUGGUGACAUGACUGCUGAAAACGAAGUAUCGCUGCUCUUUGGUGAGGAAUGUGGUCUUGAGAUAGCCCGCGACGUCGGACUCCCCCUUGCUGCGCGGUUUCUGUCGAGUCAUGAAGCGGUUGAGCUCGUCGAUGAGCAGGACGCAAGGUUGGCACCCCAGCCACUCAUCGAUUGUCGAUCUGUCGACUCUCGUAUGCUUGAACCAAAUGCCAAACGUCAGCCUGUUGACGUCGUCCAGCUUUGCUGCCCGUGCCACUCUUGCUUUCGCCUCAUCAGUCGCGGCCGCCCACGCUAUCCUCAAGAGGACGGAUGCAAGGGCUCUUCUUAUUGUUUCUCCCUGGUACGGCGUCUCGUCAGCGAACGAGAUGUAAAUCACCGGCACGCCGUCCUUGUGCAGCCUGCAAACGCGCACACACACACACAGAGAGAGAUAGAUGCCGCGAUGUCAGCUGUCGGCCUUUGUCUCUCUCUCUCUCUCUCUGUCUCCCUUCAGAGGCCCCCCUCACCGGUAGCCCAGCUCAAGCAUCAUCCUCGUCUUACCGCCUCUUGAAUAGCGCGUGAGUGACAUCGGCCGGAUGCGCUUGCCCCCGGUGUCGUGGGGCUGAUGGUACUCUGGCAUCAGCAGCUGGAUCGCCUUGUUGAGAAAGGAUUCGCCGAUAAAUGUGUCGGGGUCAUCUCUGGUAAGCUCGGGCAGCGGCACUUCUUUUAGCUCCAUAAGGUCCUUCACGUUGAGCUUGACAAAGGUUUGUCGCCCUGUGGACACAGAUGCACACCAUACGCAUACGCACACACGAGAGAGUGCAUCCCUCGGCCUUCCUCUCUGUUCGCAUGUUACCUUUCUUUGCAGGUGCUUUUUUCGACGACACACUCUGCGAGGCGCUGAAAAGGAUUGUGUGUCUGUGCGUUGAGGCACGCACAAAGGUUUGCAUGUGCAUUCAUUGUGCAUGCCGUCAUACGCCGUGUUCGUACCUGGUUCGUACCUGAUUCCAUGAGCUGUCUUUCGACUCGCGGAGGGCGGCUCGAGCCACAGACAGGACCAUCUAGAGGGAUGCAGCAGCUGAAACACACGCGGGACACGCGACCAUACGUAGUCCGCCCAUCCAGCCAGCCAGUGUACCUGAUGGCGUUGGCUGCUGCCAGCCUUCCACACAUCGCGGCGCAUGCCCACAGCCGUCAUGGGCUUCUGGCUUGGCACUCUAACGAAGGCAUCGGAUGCGCGCGACCAUCAAAACGAACCACAAGACGCCGGAAAGACCAGAAGGAGCCAUUCCGCAGUCUGCGACGGGCGUCGUCAGCAAGAUGGCAGCGCACAAGCGGAUCACUAGACGAACCUUUCACCUGUCGACACACAGUGGAGAUUGGAACUGAAUGGGCCAGCAGACGCACACUCUUUGCUCAACAUACGGGAGAGGGGAGAAGUCAGAUCAAUUCGCCGUUUGUGAGCACCUGAAUGAAUGAACGAACGGAGAGAGAUGAUUCGCCCAUUGGUUGGCGGAUGUGUCCGUUUCUGUCAUCGUAGGCACCUGCGCUCUUAGUGCUUCAUGUUCUC